AUGGCUUGUUCGAAACGAAGGCCCAGGAGGGAAAUCACUAGUCAAUCCAGCUCUUCUUUAGUUACUUUAGACAAGCACAUCGAGCACCCUACUGAUCAAUGGCGAUUGUGUCUAACAGGCUUGGAUGCCAUCGAGGCGUUGGAAUUCCUGAUGGAAACUCUUCAGGACGCGUUGGAUCAAAAGUCUGGCCAGAGCAAAACAAAUCUGACGCUCGAUGACUUGGGCCCGAAGAUUGAAUACUGGGACGGUAUGACAACGAGCAUUCUACCUCGAAUUAAAGAGCAAACCAAUUCUCUUUCACUCUCACUCGACUUACAUGAUUCGACCAGACAUCCAAAUCCGAACUUCGAAUCGACAAUUGACCUCUUAUUCAACCUGAACAUAACUUUGGAUGCCGCGAUCGCUGUGAUCGGCUACAUUGCUCUCCAGUCACCUUUACCAGCCGAAACCCAUGACCAUAACUUGGGCCCAUGUAAACAAUUUCGAUGUUCCUAUCUGCUACAGAGAAUCAAGGCUUUGGUCAAAAGAGACCUUUGCACACUUUACAGAGCUUCCAUCCAGUUUAUUCGAGCCUGGGAGUGCUCAAGCAAUGAUCCAGACGACUCUGAGUAUCAAGCAAAUACGAUCAAUGAGAAGAACGAAGUACUCAAGCUCACAGCUCAUUCCCGUCAUUUAAUUGAUAAGAUAAUCGACUUGAUCCCGAAAUCUGACUUGCGUUUUCUUCAAGCAACUUGGCUAAUGGAGGCAGAGGCUCUAGGCCCUGUACUAGAAAUCCUAACAAAUCUGACCAACCUGACGAUCCCAAAGUCGAAACUUGAAUUAGAGCCGCCGGACUAUUACUAUUAUGCAGAUGUCGGAAAGAGGAGAGCGCGUGCUGUUGUAAUAGCCAGAUCAACUAUCACACUCAUCAAACUAACGAGAACAUUAUUAAAAAGAGCUUCCACCGCUGAAACAAACAAGAUGCCAUUCAGCUUGGACGCAAAGCUUAAUUCGAAGAGACUCGAACAGUUACGUCUAGGUCCUACUUCGAUCGCUCAGCUUUUGGGUGUAUUUGUACGCGCCUUGGAGGAAAGUGCCUUGGAUGAAAACCCCAGACCAAAUACGGUAAACAGCUAUGAAAAUGUUAUUCGGAUUGCAUUCAACGAGUUCACGAAAGACCUCGACUCUUUUCUACACGACCUGGAUAGAUUUUCUAUCCCCUUGACUCCCUCAAUUUCUAAUUCUCAAUCCGAGACUGAAUUCAUUGCUUGGACUCGUGUUUUGGAAGAUAUGUGGCGGAAAGCUAUCCAUCUUCACCUGGAUGUUAUUCUCCCUGAAAUUACAAAUAGACAAUCAAUCGAGCACCAGCAGUGA